CUCACCGAAUGCGGGUGCACGCUGCGAAUCCUGAAGCCGGUCAGGUAACGAGGUGCAGAGGUGUGGGAAACACCUGGAGGGAGGCCUCCCUGGGGGCCAACUAGCCUAACCAGCCGGGACCAGCGACCAGAAGUGCUUCUGACGUUAACGCGACACACGGAAGGUGCGUAGGGUACGUAAUGGAAGUGACCGCAGAGGCCUCUGGGUAUUGUAGUUUUGGAGCUAGAGAGGCGGGCAAGCAGUUGGCUUUGCCCACACAGGGUGCCUCUGACAUCUGCACAGCGCACACAGCCGAGUUUAAGAGCCCACUGUUAAGAUGCCCAAGUGACGUUGACAAGUUUCUCCUCUGCGAGCCAAUGAGAUCUGAUGACUGCGAGAGCAUCAUGGGACCGCCAAAGGAUUCUGGAAAAUGCGGUCCCGGGUGGCCAGUGUGCGCUGACCUUCACCUGCAGGUGCGGCUUGAGGGAAACUUCUGGAGGGUGGGGUGGAAUUGAAGCAGAGGCACAAUUGUAACCUUUCUGCUCAAUAUGGGUGUUUUCUUUAUGCAUUAGUUUGUGUUUUUAAAGAUAUUACAUUAAAAAUUUGUUUAUCU